AAGCUAAAUGGCGAAUGUUUAGAGGUGGAGGACCGAGCUGAAUCCGUCCGAGAGGAGCCUGAAAAACUGUCCGUGGAAAUGUUACUGUCAGUACCUCGCAAAACACCAACUAUGUCCUCAGCUGUGUAUGUCUCCCUUCUCUUUUGGUGCCUCCGGGACAUCGUUGAUGGUGUUAAAUGUAACUACACGUUAGCGCACAGUUAGCCCCCAUUGUCAGCCGUUUUCCCUCAGAGUCGGAGAAGAACUGUCCCCACCACAGAACGUGACCAUGAUCGCCUUGAACACCAAUUACACACUGAACUGGAACUGGGACCAGAGUCCUGCAGGGAGUCAUGCUGUGACCUUCACCGCACAAUAUGUCGGGAAGUACAAGCUGAAGUCCAAGAAGGGUCCAACCUGGUAUACAGCUUGUGAAGAGACAUCACACAGGUCAUGUGACCUUACACCGUUCAACCUGCACUACCUGGGCAUCUACAUGACUCGAGUACAAGCGAACGCGAAUGGGUGUCACUCCGACUGGGUGCUGUUGGAAUUCUGCCCUGACAAAGAUGCUGCUCUGGGUCCUCCAGCCAAAGUGGACCUUGCUCCUGCAGGAAGUGACCUCGACGUUUUCAUCUCUGACCCUUUGACAAGCUCGAACACCUCCAUGAGGGACACUCUUCGCAAGAUAUACUACCACAUCCUCUACUGGGAACGUUCUGCAGACACACAGGCCUUAAGAACCCAGACGUUAAGCAGUGGUGCCAACUUGGUGACUUUGCCAAACCUGAAGGCCUGGACAUGGUACUGUGUGAGCGUUCAGUCACGUUACGACUUCUACAACAAGAGCAGCAGCUUUACCUUGCCCCAGUGUAUGCAGACUGAAGGUAACACUCCAUGGUGGCAGAUUUUCCUGUACUUCCUGGCCUCUCUGGUGGUGUGCUUCCUGGUCAUGCUGCUCUCACUCUACAGCUCCUUUUGGUGCUACAAGACCGUCAAGACAACUCUGUUCCCCUCCGACCAGCUUCCUCCACACUUCAAGAAGACCUCCCUCCAGCAUCUCUGUGACUUUCCUCACCUCCUCAGCCCGGAUUCAGAAUCAGAGCAGCUGUGUGAUAAGGUGACAGUCUAUGCUGAUCCAGCAGUUCUGGAAGUCCACAACCCUCCUGCUGAGGCCCUGCCGCCACCUCCGUCAGGCCUGGAGCCAGACAGCAGUGGCAGACACAGUCGUCAGGACAGCAGCAGCAGUGGAGACUCUGGAGUUUACUCCACAGGGGGCAGCUCCAACCUGCAGCAGCCCAACAACAGCCAGUCCUCCACAGGGGCUGGAGACUUCCAGCAUGGCCCCUUUGACCCGGAGCAGGUGAAGAUGCAGGAGAUGACUCCGGGGCUUAAGAGCCCACUUCUGAUCACAGAUGAGGGCAUUGUAGACAUCUGCAUCUGAAGGCCUGCUAGGAGAAGUACAUUUGUUGAGAAGAGACAUGAAGCAUGGAUGAUGUUACUUAGGGUGGAGCUUUGUGGAAAAUGUACAGUGUGCCUUUUCUCCACCUGUCACUGUGAAACAAGGAGGGGAUGGUGUUGUAUGUUAUUAAAAAGAAACAAACAAACUGGACAGCAAGCUACUGCUGGAACAAAACUGAUCUGCUGUGGCCAAACCACUUUAGAGCUGACGUCACUCUCUUAAACAGUGCUUUUGAAGAUCCAGAUCCUUAUGUGACCUACAUCUUGGCACCGACCACAAAGUCCUAUCAGUGCUGAUUUAAAUAUGGUGUACAUUUCCUCUCACUUAACCCUGCAUUCAUGCUGUCACCAGCUGGCACGUCCCUCUAAUCUGACUGUGGCUGAGGGGUUUAGAGUAGACCCGUGUAGCAGACUGCAUUCAGAAUUGUUUUCAGAGUAAAAUCAUGGCUUUUAUCUCAUUUAUUGGCAACAAUAUUUAAUGGGUGUGACUGUUCUCAAAGCACUUUUUAAGUUUCAGAGAAGCAAAAUACUUUUUUUAAAAAAGAAAAGAAAGUUAGACCUGAUCCAAAAUGUUAUGGACCACAGGCAGCAGGAGGAGACUUUAAUUUUCUCCUCUGAUGAGUAUAACAUGUUGACACACAGACUCAAUAGAACAAGACCCUAUCCCCUGGAACCAGACGGACCUGUGAAGACCUCUGCUGCCGUGGCCACAUUUGGAACUGCAGGUCACUCAAACUGAUUAAAAGAUAUCUGAAAAGAGAUCCUCUGAGAAUCACUUGCCGUCAGAAUCUGUUGUUGCAUUAGUCGUGUGUGUGUGUGUGUGGACAAUGGUUGAACCCCGCCAGUGAAAGACCGUAAUGAUCAUGUUCUGGGCUCCUCCGGUAGGAAAUGUGAGGUGCGGGACACAAACAGUGAAAGGUGGUGGUGCAGAGCUUGUUGAUGGUCUGUGUGUGAGCAGAACCUGUUGAUAAUGCUGCCUCUGGUGUGAACAUGUGAUGAGAAAUACAUUUCUGUGCUAGGUGUAGCGUGGCAUGGAGACAAAAGGUGGAGGGGACAGUGUGCUUUGGAGGUUUAGAGUAGAUACUUGAAUACUGUAGCUCCGUUGUAAAAACCCUACUUCAUGGCUCAUAGACGCACAUGGACCUUUUGCACUCUCACAGGGGACAGAUGUCUAAACAACACCUUCCACUUCUGGGGUUCACAGCUGAGUGCCAGUCAUGUCAACAUGAAUGUCAUCCUGACAAGACAAACUGGACAUAAACAUUUGAUUGACCAAUAAUCUGUAAUUUUGGAGAAGAACAAUGAAGAAAAAGAUUGACCCUGUGCUACUUCCAUGUCCAUACACCCCUCACCACCUGCUUUCCACUGUCUGCACUCUGUCCAAGCUGAGAGCAGGUGGAGUUAGUGGGAGGGAAAGACAUUCAUGCUUCCUACAAACAUGUGAAUGUAGAUUUUUGUUCUUAUGCCUUAGGCAGUGCUGGCCAUUGCCAGUUAAAGGUAGAACCUACUGACAUAGUGAUAUUUAAAAUGAUUCUGUUGUACCAUGUUUUGCCAAAAUGUCUCCUGUGUGUUGAUUAGCAGACCUGGAAGAGAGAAAUCCACCUUAAACAGGGCACUUAGACCCAAACAUUGUUGAUAUCCACCAGUUCAUUCAAAACAGCUGACCUUUGUGUUUGUGCCUGAGACAAAAGACAGGAAGGACAUAAGAACUUGACUGUCCUGUCCCAUUUUCUAAGACAUCUUAAUUUGAAACCAUUCCACAGGAAAAAGAUAGUCACUAUUAUGAAAGCUAAGCUUUUAAUUUUUGUGUUCAUGUGUGUGUGUGUGUGUGUGUGUGUGUGUGUGUGUGUGUGUGUGUGUGUGUGUGUGUGUGUGUGUGUGUGUGUGUGAGAAAAACUUGCAUUAAUACUUAUACAUUAAUAACACAAGCAUUUAAAUACAUCUUUCUUCUUCCAUGAUGUUGGAUUAGUUGUGUUUAGUUUGUAUCAUACUUUUUUCCAAGUUUGUUUGGAGCUGUUUGUCAUAUAUGUUUGUUUAUUGUGUUUUUAUGUAACAGAACUUAAAGUGUGCAUCUGCACACUUUGAAGUUACAGUUAUCUCUGGAUAUUCACAUCCCAACAUUUACCUGAGUCAUUUACCCAAAUCACUUACAUGACUUCACAUUCAGCAGAUGGAAGUAAGCAAACUUAGCAUACUCAUUUUGUGGAAGAAGUUCAUCCUUGUUGCAGAAUUUUCCUACCCGGCGUUGCUUCAACAUCUUGCUCGUCACUCUUUGGUGCAAUGUUUGUUGAAACUGUAUAUAAGCGUCUUGUGAAGCAGUGUACUGGCCAUGUUAAUGGACAAUCAUAAGAAUGAAAUAAAUCACCUCUUAUACCAAACCUUGGUGUCAAAAUGACUGACUUCA